CUUAGGCUUGCACUGUUGCACCUGCCAUUAAUGGCGAUUUAAAGGUGUACCAAAAAAAAAACCAUGAAAAUGUUCAUAUUCUGAGGAAUUAGCGCCAUCUUGAACAAAGGAUGUGAGGUGAUGAUGUUGUUUGAUUGAUUGAAGCUCUCUGUAUCAAUAUCAAAUCUUCUAGCGAAACUCAAAUUUGAUUGAGGUAGCAAAAGGUCAGUUCAAUUCCAAGCUAGUUAUUUAUUAAGGAAUUAUUAAUUGUAUUUAUCUGUUUUUUGUGGAUUUGGUAGAAAUCUGCUUUCACUCGGUUUCAAUUUUGUCCAGUAGAAUGCUUCUUAUGUGUAUGAGAAAUUGCUUGACUAUCUGCUUAUAAAAUGACUGUAAAUAUGCCUCACCGGUGAAUAUUUAUUUUGGUGGCAUAAUAAAAAAGAUUGAUAAGGGUGAUAUAAUUUUGUAAAUGUGAUUACAGAAAAUCGAUAAAUUGAGAAAUUUUGCCAGAUAACUGAUUUAGCAUUUCACCUUCCUAUAAAUUUUCUUCCAAUGAAGUCAAAGAACAACUUUAUGUUGGGAUAGUUUUUCUCGACUUGGGACCCCUUGAUUUGGUCAUGGGAAAAUGUAUGGUUGACUCAUGUCCAGACUUAGUACGUUGCACUAAUUGACUAGUCUGCUAAGACAUAGUCAUAGGCGGCCUCAGUGUCUUGGAACUUGUGGAGAGAAAUGAUUUCUCUAGUCUUGGUCGACUUGCGUGUAAAACCAGCCCAUGACCCUUCAAGACUGGUUGGGGAUUAUUAGGAAUACAAAUACACCAAACUACAUCUUCAGAAGCAAAAGAAAUGGGGUUUUUUAAUCCCGUAUAUGUCUUCUUCAUCUAUUUGUUUUCUCUUAUUAACUUAUUGAUCACCAUACAGUACACAACUGCACAACCAUCAUACCGUUUUCAUUCUUGUUAUGGAGAUAAUUACACUACUGGCAGUACGUUUCAAACUAAUCUCAAUCUUCUUCUUCCUUCAUUAUCCUCUGCCAACAAUUCAAUUAAAAAUGGAUACUCGAACGCCACUUUUGGCCAAACCCCGGAUACUGUUUAUGGGUCUUUUCAGUGUAGAGGUGAUAUGUCAUUAGAAGACUGCCAAGGCUGUGUUAAAAUCGGUGCUGAAGAGAUAAAAGAAAAUGAUAGAUGUCCAAUUUCUAGAAAAGCUAUUAUUUGGUACGAUGAGUGUAUGCUAAGGUAUUCCGAUGAGUAUUACUUUAAUACAAUGCAAGUGAGUCCAGCAGUUUAUCUAUGGAAUCCUAAUAAUGUAUCUAAUCCAGACCAGUUUAGACAGAAUGUAAGUGAUUUCUUGAAACGGUUAACAAGAGAAGUUCAGUCUAAUGAUGAUUCUACUUCUAUUAAAUUUGCUAGUGGAGAUAUAAGAAUUAAUGAUUUCGCGAAUGUAUAUGGACUCGUACAGUGUAAUGAAGAUAUAUCUAUAAGCAGUUGUAAUAGAUGUCUUCUUGGAGCUAUAUCUGAAUUACCAGAUUGUUGUGAUGGAAAACGAGGUGGAAGAGUUUUAAGACCUAGCUGUAAUUUUAGAUUUGAAUCAGCUCCUUUCUUUGAUUCUACGGUUACUCCUUCACCACCUCCUCUUGUAUCAACGCCACCAGCGCCACCACCGUCAUCGGUUGCAGAUACACCCAAUUCAAAUGGGAAUAACACAUCCAAACUUCUUAUCGGUAUAGUUGUUCCAUCGGCUAUCGCAGGACUUUUCGCUAUUGCCUUUUGGUUUUUCUGUUUCUGGAGAAAGAAAACAAAAACAAAGAAGUUGAACUAUGUGGAUGAUCAGAUUCCCAGUUCAGAAUCUUUACAGUUCCACUUCAGUACAGUAAUUGCUGCAACAGACAAUUUCUCUGAAGCUAAUAAACUGGGGGAAGGAGGAUUUGGCUCUGUUUACAAGGGGACACUUCCAGAUGGGCGAGAAAUAGCCGUGAAGAGGCUAUCCAAAUAUUCCGGUCAAGGUGACCAAGAGUUCAAGAAUGAAGUUACAUUAGUAGCUAAACUUCAACACAGAAAUCUUGUGCAGUUUAUUGGUUUCAGUCUAGCUGGUGAAGAAAAGCUACUCAUUUACGAAUUCAUGCCAAAUGCAAGCCUUGACCAAUUUCUAUUUGAUGCGAUUAGAAGCGCACAGCUGAAUUGGGAAAGACGAUACAAGAUUAUAGGAGGGGUAGCAAGAGGACUUGUCUAUCUCCAUGAGGAGUCUCGACUAAAAAUCAUCCAUCGGGAUCUCAAAGCUAGCAACAUAUUAUUAGAUAUGGACAUGAAUCCUAAAAUUGCGGAUUUUGGCAUGGCUAGGCUUUUUGUGCUUGACCAAACUCAAGAGCGUACAACCAGAAUAGUUGGAACUUAUGGUUACAUGGCUCCAGAGUAUAUAAUGCAUGGUCAUUUCUCAGUGAAAUCAGACGUUUUUAGUUUUGGUGUCUUGAUUUUAGAGAUACUUUCUGGACAGAGGAACAGCAGUUUUUAUCAAUCAGCUGUUGCACAGGACCUUCUAAGCUAUGUAUGGAGACAUUGGAACGAUGGAUCUGCUAUAGAGAUAUUAGAUCCAACUUUGAAAGACACAUGUUCUAGAAAUGAAGCGCUGAGAUGCAUCCAUGUUGCAUUAUUAUGUGUUCAAGAAAAUGUUGCAGAUAGACCCUCAAUGCCGACGGUCAUCCUGAUGCUCAGCAGUUACUCUGCGACCAUCCCUGAUUUACCUUCAGCACCUGCUUUUUUUGCUGGCAGUACUGUACGUAUGGAUCCCAAGUCGAACUUAUAUACGGGCUACAGUGAAGAACAAGGGAGCUCGAAGAAUGAGACAAGCAGUAGCUUGAAGAAUGAGACAAACAGUAGCUCGAAGAGUGAGACAAGCAGUGAACCUGCGACGUGGAGCGUGAAUGAAGUUACAAUUACUGAACUAGACCCUCGAUGACGACACCAUUAAAUUUGCAGAGCAUAUAAUGCUGUUCUUUCUGUGUUAGUUGGCACUCUAUACCUUCUUUUUCUUUUUUUGGCAAUACCUAUAUUUUUAUAACAAAUUGAACCGGAGAUUUGUUAUGAAGUUCAAGAACCAGAGAAUCAAUUCAGAUACUUUUUUAAUUAUUUGCA